AUGGGCGUCCUCGGCCACGAGCGUGGAAGACAGCGAGACGGCACUAGCACGUGUCCGUGCGUAUGUGUCGUAUGCCAAGGUCACUUGGCGUGUCAGUACGCGCGUGCUAUGGGUUACAAGGUGGUCGCCAUCGACUCUGGCUACGACAAGCGCAAGCUGAUCGAGUCGUACGUCAUCAAGAGCUUUAUCGAUAUUAACGAUGGAGACGUGAUCGACCAGGUCCGUGCUGCUACGGGUGGACGUGGAUCCCAUGCUGUCAUUGUCGUGGCUGGUUUGAAGGACGCGUACAAGGACCAAUCGUACGACGAGGCGCUGGAAUGGCUAGAGCAAGCGUUUGAUCGAGAGAAGGUGGCGUUGGCAGCUUCUGUGGUGGGUGUCGCCCAUGUCUGCGGCGGUCCUGAAAUGCUCUAUCUUGAUGGAGAUGAAGGUGGUGGGGCUGUUGAGACAGAGCGUCUACGAGACCUGGUUGGUUACGGGCGACAGUGGAGUUGCGGCUAA